UAUGUGAAAUCUGUUUUAGGAGACUUAAAAUACCUCAUGACAGUAAGGAAGAAGGACCUCUGCAUGCCCCAGAGUGCGGGUUUGCAGACACGCCCUAGCCACCAGGACUCUCCGGGGAAGAGGAGGAGGAGGAUCGGGUGAAAGUGGAGCGGGAGGGAAAGGGAAGAAACCUUCCCCUCUCUGUAAGAAGUAUGCGGGGUUUGUCCUUUCAGACCUUACGUCAGCCGGGACAUAAACGGGCUGUCAGUCGCGGUGCUGCAGACACAGACAGAGGUGGUGGAGUACAGGACGAUGACAGACACGGCACGAGGAGGAUGUAGCACACCUGCGGGGGGCUACGUGACCAGCGUUUAACGCGGGACUCUUUCCGGAUUCAAUGCAUUUGCACUUUCACACCAGUGAUGAGUUGGCUCCUGUUGUGGAUUCUAACUGCAGGCGGGAUUCAACAGGCCUACUCCCAGAAUUCCACUGCCAUGCCGCCUGCCACAGCCGUCACAACCACAGCUGUGGACUUCUUCAACAGGACACAGUACUGCAAGUGGCCAUGCGAGUGUCCAAAGGCCGUCCGCACCUGUCCUCCGGGCGUGAGCCUCCUCAUGGAUGGCUGCGACUGCUGCAAGACCUGUGCCCGACAGGUGGGUGAGGUGUGCAACGAGGCGGAUACCUGCGACUACCACAAGGGACUGUAUUGUGACUACAGCUCGGACAAGCCUAGGUACGAAAAAGGAGUGUGUGCAUAUAUGGUGGGAACGGGCUGCGAGCAUGAUGGAGUGAUCUACCGUAACGGGCAGAGCUUCAGUCCCAGCUGUAAAUACCAGUGUGUGUGUGUGAACGGUGCCAUCGGCUGUGUGUCCCUGUGCACAGAGUCCCAGCCUCCGCGGGUGUGGUGCCAAACCCCGCGGAGGGUCAAAGUCCGAGGACAGUGCUGUGAGCAAUGGAUCUGUGAUGAACCCAAAAGAGGACGCAAGACAGCACCACGGCAUGCAGUAGAAGCUUCCCCAGCCGAGACCAGGAGCUGGCACAAGAACUGCAUUACCCAGACUACCUCAUGGAGCCCCUGCUCAAAGACAUGCGGCCGUGGUCUGUCCCUGAGGAUUUCUAACGCUAACGACCAAUGUGAGCUCAUCAAAGAGUCUCGCCUCUGCAACCUGCGGCCCUGUGAGAUCGACAUUACCAAACAUAUCAAGCCAGGGAAGAAAUGUCUGAACAUCUACAGGGAAGAUCAGCCCUCAAACCUCACCAUCUCUGGCUGCACCAGCAAGAAGCAAUACAGACCAAAGUACUGCGGCGUCUGCAUGGAUGAGCGCUGCUGCAUCCCCUACAAGUCCAAAACCAUUGACGUAGACUUUGAGUGUCCUAACGGGUCUGGGUUCACCUGGAAGAUGCUAUGGGUCCAGGCCUGCUUCUGCAACCUCAGCUGUAAAAACCCCAAUGACAUCUUUGCCGAGCUGGAGAGCUACUACGGUUACCCAGAAGUCAUGAACUAACAGGUUUCAAUCAGGCUCUCUGCCUCCUUCCAGACUUUUCUUGACCUAUUUUUCCUCUGCGAUGUUUUUAGAUUGUAAAUGGUGUGUUAAGGGAAUUUCUUAUCGUCUUUUUUUCCUAUUGGAAAAAUCUGUAAAUAUAAAAUGUAAAUGUAUCCCAAGAAUGGAUUCAUAAGCAUGUUUUGCUUUUGAUAAAUAUUUGAAGAACUGCUUUGCACAUGAAAAAAAACAUAAGUGGCAGUGUGAUAUAUUGAAGGCCUUAUUUAUUUAUGGAGCUUUUUGCAUAUGUGGAUGCAUACACAUCCACCAAAAAUUGUCUGUCUUUAAAAUCACGAGUUGAUAAUAAUGCUUUCUGUAAAUAUUGUCCUUUAAGAGUCAUGAAAUUGACUGUAAUAAAUGUUCCAAAGGUAAAAAUGGACUAAAAAUACCAAAGAUAAAGCCUUAUUUUAGGACCACAUAUUUCAAUAUGCAAUAAAGACAUCAUGAGGGAAGAUCA